CAUCUUUACUAAAUAAUAUAUAUCCCAUUUCAAGAAUCUCUCUCAAUGGCGAUUAAGGUGGUUCUCACAGCAGCUCUCCUGGUGGCUAUGGUGACCCUAGCCAGCGCCACCAGCUACACCACCACCGUCACCACCACCACAAUCGACGAUGAAGCCAACCGUGGGCAGCAGCAACAGUGCCGCCAGCAGAUCCAGGGCCGCCGGUUCCAGUCAUGCCAAAGGUACCUCUCCCAAAGGGGCCAAUUCGAAGAAGAGGAGGCUAUUGAAAUGACGACAACCGGCAACCCGCAGCAGCAGUCAAAGUACCUGAGAGAUUGCUGCCAGCAACUAGAGAAUGUGAACCAGCAAUGCAGGUGCGAAGCAAUCAAGCAAGCAGUGAAGGAGAUCCAACAACAGGGCGGCCAAUACCAAACCGGGCAGUCGGAACAGGUUUACCAGAAGGCACGCUAUCUUCCCCAACAGUGCAACUUCCGCAGCCCCCAGCAAUGCCAGUUCCAUGUUCUCUUUGUCUAGAGAGACUAUCAAAGAGUACCGAUGUCCGUCCGAGGAGCUAUGUAAAUAUGUUUUUCGAAUAAAUGGGUUGAGUACUUUGUGGUUUUGUGACAAGUGAUGAAUGUACACACGGUCUUGUGUGUGUAUUUCAUUUUCCUCUUUAAUAAAAAAUGAUGGGGGAACCUGUUUUCUC